CAUAUUGGAUUUGUCAUUCGAUGUAUUCAUAUUAUUUUCGUACGUCAAAAAUAUUUUGAAGAUAUUGCCGCACCCAGUAAUAUAAUAGUGAAAUCAUUUGCAUUUAGUGAAAAAUGGGUGACCAUUUACCGGCAUGUGUUAUCGAUGUGGGAACUGGCUAUACCAAACUGGGGUUUGCCGGUAACAAGGAGCCCCAGUUUAUCAUUCCGUCAGCCAUAGCGAUAAAAGAAACUGCUAAAGUUGGCGACCAAAGUACUAGGCGUAUGACUAAGGCAGUAGAAGAUUUAGAUUUCUUUAUCGGUGACGAAGCUUUCGAAGCGACUGGUUAUUCAGUGAAAUAUCCUGUCCGUCAUGGUCUAGUUGAAGAUUGGGAUUUAAUGGAAAGGUACAUUGAACAAUGUAUUUUUAAGUAUCUGCGUGCAGAACCAGAGGAUCAUCACUUUUUAAUUACCGAACCACCAUUGAAUACACCCGAGAAUAGAGAAUAUUUAGCGGAGAUAAUGUUUGAGUCAUUCAAUGUGCCAGGGUUGUACAUAGCUGUACAAGCUGUUCUUGCCCUAGCUGCGUCUUGGAAAUCGCGUACUUCAGCCGGACGCACUUUUACUGGAAUUGUAGUUGACAGCGGUGAUGGUGUUACUCAUAUUGUUCCUGUAGCUGAGGGCUAUGUUAUUGGGUCUUGUAUCAAGCAUAUUCCUAUUGCAGGUAGGAAUAUAACAUCAUUUAUUCAAUCACUUCUAAGAGAACGCGAAGUAGGUAUUCCUCCUGAGCAGAGUUUAGAGACUGCAAAGGCAAUUAAGGAAAGAUACAGUUAUAUCUGCCCAGAUAUUGCCAAGGAGUUUGCAAAAUAUGACUCCGAUCCUGCAAAGUGGAUGAAAAAGUAUACAGGUAUAAAUGCUAUAACUAAAAAUCCAUUUUCUGUUGAUGUUGGGUAUGAGAGAUUUUUAGGACCUGAAAUAUUUUUCCACCCUGAAUUUUCCAAUGCUGAUUUCACUGUGCCUUUGAAUGAGAUGGUCGAUGAAGUAAUUCAGAGCUGUCCAAUUGACGUGCGGAGAGGUUUAUAUGGAAAUAUUGUAUUAUCUGGAGGCUCUACAAUGUUUAGAGACUUUGGAAGAAGACUCCAACGUGAUAUUAAACGUACUGUAGAUGCCCGACUGAAAUUAUCUACAAUGCUAUCGGAAGGACGCAUUACACCUAAACCUAUUGAUGUCCAAGUCAUAUCACACAACAUGCAACGGUAUGCAGUUUGGUUUGGUGGUAGUAUGUUGGGCUCGACACCUGAGUUCUACCAAGUGUGCCACAGUAAACAAGCAUAUAUGGAAUAUGGACCGAGCAUUUGCAGGCACAAUCCUGUAUUUGGUACCAUGACAUAAAAUACUUAAUCAUUGCCAGUAUUGAAAUUAAAUUAUGUAUUAAUAACUAUAUAAAUUUAUUAAUUUUAUCUAUAGAUUUACAUACAUUUUUAUAAGUGUAAUCUUUAAGAAAAUAUAGAACUGCACCUAAUUUGAUGCCAAUCAAAUUUUAAAAUAUUUUUGUCAUUAUUUUUAUUUUACUAUUAAUACAUAACUAUGAUUACAUUUUUAUUUGUAGCUGGACUCGGGAAAUUGAUAAGCAUUUAAUGUAUUGCAUUCCAGCCUUUUACCAAAUAUAGACUUUGAAAUAUAAACUGUUUCAUUUA